UUUGUGAUGUGAGCGAACGCACACGGGAAGUGUUUGUGUUCAUUUCUCCGCGCAGUCAUCUGACAGACCGACAUGGCGGACGAAGCUCUGUUUGAGUUUCUCCAUAUGGAGAUCGUAGCGCACGUCUACAAGGAGCACCGGUCGAGCAAGGCUGAGAUGGACAGCAAGGAACGAGCAGCUUGUAUUUCAGCCCUAGAAGGGAUGGGCUUUCGAGUUGGACAAGGACUCAUCGAGAGGUUAACGAGGGACUCCCCGAGCUUCAAAGAUGAGUUGGAUAUCAUGAAGUUCAUCUGUAAAGACUUCUGGACCAAGAUCUUCAGGAGGCAGAUUGACAACCUCCGAACAAACCAUCAGGGCACCUACGUUCUGCAAGACAACAAGUUCUCCAUGCUGACACAACUGUCUGGUGGGAAGCAGUACCUGGAGCAGGCGCCUAAGUACCUGGCCUUCUCAUGCGGCGUUGUCAGAGGAGCGUUGUCCAACCUUGGUCUGGACAGCGUGGUCACGGCCGAGGUUUCAGUCAUGCCCUCCUGCAAGUUCCAGGUCGUCAUUCAGAAGUUGUGACACGAGCCGAACAGAAGCGGCUCAGUCGCGGCAACAGAGCCAAGCCGGGUUCACUCGGUCAUCUGAGCCUCACGUGGCCUUCAGGCUCCACUUCCUGUAUCCUGUCAAAGAAAGCAGUGAGCUUUUUGGCUGGUUCCAUCGUGGACGCUUGAAAUGGGACCCAGCCUUUGCCUCCGGUGAUGAUCGGAGCCAAUUAUUUACAAUGGUCAACGACCUGUGGGCGCCCUCGUGAUAGUUCAUGUAUUUAAGAUGCGCUACCGCCUUUAGCCACAAGAGGGAAACGUGUAUUUUUGUUUUGACAUUAAAAAAACAUUGACGCAUAAAGUGGAACUGAAGCUUUACUGAUGUUUGAUUUAAAUAAUUUAAUGGUAAUAAUAGUCUUAUGAUAUAUCACUUGUUUUCUUUCUUUUGUUGGUGUGUUAUUUUACAUGUUAAACUCUGAAUCUUUUAGAGGCUCGUGAGGCAUCGUGGUCUGGGGAAUACAGACGGUCAUGUGACUUGAUCAGCACAUGAACAUUAAAAGUGUGAAAACGCAGCAGCUCUGGUGUCACGUACUGUUUUCCUCGAGCUGCUCAAACUGUGUCCCACUUCACUUCAGUGCCCAUCACCGUGAUGUGAGUCAGACAGGGCCUUUCCUGGCUCCAGCCCCUCACCGACUGUACGUCACAACGUGGAACUGCAGCCCCAGAACAUCAGCCCUUCCACAAAUUUGUCGCAUCCCAUUAAACAGCAAAUCUUCUGGGCAGCGGAGAAAAGAGAAUGUGAAGGUGGGA